AUGUUAUCCCAGUUGCACAUAUCUUUCACGGUAUUGGGGAUAAUAUUUGCCAUUAUCGGUAACUUUCUAAUCUCUUUGUCCUUGAACAUCCAGAAACAGGCACAUCAGUUACUAGAAGAUGAGGCUUCACCGGUGCGAUCUGAAAACGACUGUCUGGAUCAGGGAUUGAAACAUAGUGGGAACUAUCUCAGGAGCUGGAGAUGGUGGACGGGAUUCUUGCUAAUGACGUUGGGGGAGAUUGGGAACUUCGUGGCCUAUGGCUUGGCUCCGGUUUCGAUAGUGACGCCGUUGGGCGUGGUGACAAUUAUAUCCAAUUCCACAUUUGUGGCGCCGGUUCUAUUUAAAGAGAAGAUAAGAAGAAGGGAUAUUUUGGGGACUUUCAUUGCGGCGUUAGGUGUGGUGAUGAUGGUGCUGUCCACCCUCAACAACUCUGGUGAGUCGCACGGGAGAAUUGACGAUCCCUUCAAAUAUGUCGAUACCAUUGUUUUGUCUUCCAGCACUUUGAUUUACAUUAUGGUUACAAGUUCUGUGUCUUUGGUGCUGGUCGUGCAUGUCAAUGGCCAAGAUUACAGUUCUGACCGUGCUGUGUAUCUGAUCUCUCAUCUCACCACAGUCGCACUGUUUGGCGCCUAUACCGCUCUUGCCACAAAGCUUUUGUCGACAAUCGUGGAAUUUGCCAGCUGGUACGAUGUUUUAACCAGCUUUAGAUCUUACACGCUGCUCUUGAUAAUCAUUCUCACCUCUGCUCUACAGAUCAGGUAUCUGAACGAUUGCCUGAGAGUUGCCAGUGCGACCACUGUUGUGCCUAUACAUUUUGUCUUCUUCACCAUCUCGGUUUUGAUUGGUUCCACUAUUACUUUCCACGACUUUCAGAACAGAUCUCUGUCGCAGCUGUUCAACUUCUGCGUUGGUUGUGGAUUGACGUUCUUGGGUGUAUUCUGCAUAUGUGGUGAAGAAGAUACUGGGGCUGAACAGGAACCACUAUUGGAAUCGAUUCCCUCGCAGCAUCUGACUGCACCACACAUUUUGAUAAGCGGCGAACUUGACGACGGUUUGUCCGUACAAAACGGGCUCGCUACCACGGACGACCCACACUUGAUACGCUCUGCAGACGGUUCAACGCAUUCUGCGGCCUCGUCGAUUGUCUCAGUGGAACCCCAAGAACCUACUGCAGGGCUGGAGGUCCCUACGCGUCGCGCUUUGCAUAACUCCAAAUCCGUCCCUGACCUGCACGAGAGAAAUGGGAGAUGGGUAGGUAACAUGUUCCGUGAAUACUCCCCAGGGGACUGGAUACAGCGCAGAAGCAGUCUGUCGCAUCUCGUUACGGAACCCAUGAUGAAACUGAAAAAAACAAGAACAGAGAGCCUGAGCAAUGGGUACUACAUAAUGUCGGGGUCUGGUGGUCUGCUUCUGAACACCAUGUUGAGCACUAUGGCUUUACAACCCACGACCGAGGAUACAGAGAUUAGAGGAAGCAUAGUGUGA